GCAGAUAACAAAACAUCAUUAACAAGAGCUUUGUACGAGCUGCGAUACAUUUACAGAUCUAACAGACAUAUAUGAUGAAUUCUCGUAUUGCAUGGUUCAUGAUGGCCUUGAUGAUCUUCUCAGUUCUCUUGAUUGCUGUAGAUCAUAGCAUAGAAGCAAGAAAGGAUCCUGGAGAAUAUUGGAUUAGUGUUAUGAAAGAACAGCCCAUGCUGGAAGCACUUCAAGUCCUUGUUCCUGAUUUGGAUUCCUCGCCAUCUCAACUCAACAAGAAUGUCGAUGACUGUCACACGUCCGAGCUGGGAUCAGAUAUCAACAAAUUAGACCAGCUUCAUGUCGAGGAUUUCAAGCAUAAAGAUCAUGAUCACAAGCAGCGUUUUGCUAAGGAUUUCGAGCCUAGACCCAAUGUCUCACUGUACAAUGGCGACGAUAUUGUUGAUCAUGAAUCAGAGAAGAAGUUUGUCAAGGACUUCGAACCCAGACCUAAAGCUUACACCGAUGAUCAUGUCCAAGGUUCUAAAGAAAGAGCAUUUGCAGAAGAAUUUGAGCAAGCACCAGAUGCUACUAUUUAUCACAAUUAAUAAGGAUGGUGCAAUUUAUAAGGGUCUUCGUGUAAGAUAAUAUAUCAGUACGGCAACUAAAUAAGUAAAAAUCAAGAUGCCAAGAUAAAAAAAAAAAGAAAAUUAAAUGAAUUCGCUAUGGAAGAAGGUUCCUUGAUUGCACGUACAACCAGUAGUUGCAUGGGUUUUUAUUUAUGUAAAAAUAUCCUAGUGUGCAAGUGUGAUGAUCAAAUAAAACAUAUCAUGCAUGUUGUGAUCUAUGUUAUCGGCAUGAUCUUAAUUAAGAUCAGUACGUUAAAAUUUUAAUAAAAUCUUCAAUCCUAUCUC